CAGUCUGCAUCCAGUCCAGCCCUGCACAGACUGAGAUCUCACUACUGGUGCAAACUCUUCUCGCUGUCCGUUCCCCACCUGCUGCUAGCACCAUGAAUUACUCCAGAUCCACCACCUACUCCAGCGGUGUGAGAGGCCCAAACAUCAUGGGCAGGAGGUACGCCCCAAACAGUGCUGCCAGCGUCUACGCCGGAGCAGGGGGCUCUGGCUCGAGGAUCUCCGUGGCCAGGGCCACCAGCCUGGGCUCCAGCUUCCCCGGCAGCAGCGCCGGAGGCAGUUACAGCAUCGCCCUGUCCGGCUCCGGGGUGGUGCAGAACGAGAAGGAAACCAUGCAGGAUCUGAACGAACGCCUGGCCUCCUACCUGGACAAGGUGCGCAGACUGGAAACCGACAACCACAAGCUCGAGACCCAGAUCCGGGAGUUCAUGGACAAGAAGGGCCCCAGUUCCCGGGACUGGAGCCACUACUUCGACAUCAUCGAGGACCUGAGGAAGCAGAUCUUGGACAGCGCCGUGGACAAUGCCCGGAUCGUUCUGCAGAUUGACAACGCCCGCCUGGCCGCCGAUGACUUCCGGGUCAAGUUCGAGUCGGAGCUGGCCAUCCGCCAGUCGGUGGAGAGCGACAUCAACGGGCUGCGGAAGGUCCUCGACGACACCAACAUGAGCCGGCUGCAGCUGGAGGGAGAGAUCGAGUCCCUCAAGGAGGAGCUGAUCUUCAUGAAGAAGAACCAUCAGGAUGAGGUGGACAGCCUGCAGGCCCAGAUCACCAACUCAGGGCUGACGGUGGAAGUGGACGCCGCUCAGCCUCAGGACCUGGGCAAGGUCAUGGCGGAGAUCCGGGCUCAGUACGACAACCUGGCGCAGAAGAACAUGGCGGACCUGGACCAGCAAUGGAACCAGAUGAUCACCCAGAGCACCGUGGAGAUCACCCAGAACACAAAGGAGAUCGAGGUGGCCCGCAGCAGCGUCUCCGAGCUGCGCCGCACCUACCAGACGCUGGAGAUCGAGCUGGAGUCCCUGCGCAACCUGAAAGCCAGCUUGGAAGCAAACCUGCAGGACGUGGAGCAGCGCUACGCCAUGCAGAUGGAGCAUCUGAAUGGGCAGCUCCUGCGGGCUGAGGCAGAGCUGGCUCAGAUACGCAACGACAUCCAGCGCCAGUCUGAGGACUACCAGGCCCUGCUGAACAUCAAGGACAAGCUGGAGGCAGAAAUCGCUACCUACAGGCGGCUGUUGGAGGGCGGAGAGGAGUUCAACCUGAACGACGCCCUGGUGGACACCGGCAGCAUCACACAGACCACCCACAAGGUCGUCACCACGACCAAGAAGACGGUGGAUGGCAAAGUGGUGUCGGACACCAGCGAAUCCCAAUUGUUCAGGCGCUGAGAAGAUGCACCCGGUGGUCCCUGCUCCCUUCCCUUAGCAUCUGGCAUUGCAGUGCCCAGAGAGGGCUGCGGGCAACUGGCUUUGCCUCCCACCACCCGCUUGCUUGGUCAGCGGAGCUCAAUAAAAAACGCAAUUGACCUCAGA